GCGAUGGCGGCGGCUCCUUCAGGCGGCUGAAGGGGGAUUUAGGCCCGGAAUAUCCGAGUCCAUCCGCGGCGGGGAGAGGGCGAGCGGGGCCGGCGGGGGCCGGAGCAGGGGCGGCGGCGCUCGGACUGUCCCAUCCGCCCCGUAUUGAGGCGCUGGGAGCAGCCGGGCGGCCGGAAAGCGAUGGUGAAAGUGGGGCCGUGAGGGGGGCGGAGCCGGCAGCCCGACCCGCCGUAGCGGCAGCAGCGGCGCCGCCUCCCCGAGCUCAGACCCAGGAAGCGGCCGGGAGGGCAAGAGCGAGCCGGAUCCGCCGCCGUCGCCACCAUGGAGCUCAGAGUCGGGAACAGGUACCGGCUGGGCCGGAAGAUCGGUAGCGGCUCCUUCGGAGACAUCUAUCUCGGUACGGACAUUGCUGCAGGAGAAGAAGUUGCCAUCAAGCUUGAAUGUGUCAAAACCAAACACCCUCAGCUCCACAUUGAGAGCAAAAUCUACAAAAUGAUGCAGGGAGGAGUGGGCAUCCCCACCAUCCGGUGGUGCGGGGCGGAGGGGGACUACAACGUCAUGGUGAUGGAGCUGUUGGGACCGAGCCUGGAAGACCUGUUCAACUUCUGCUCGAGGAAAUUCAGCCUCAAAACUGUCCUGCUGCUUGCUGACCAGAUGAUUAGUCGCAUCGAAUACAUUCAUUCAAAGAACUUCAUCCACCGAGAUGUGAAGCCAGAUAACUUUCUCAUGGGUCUGGGGAAGAAGGGCAACCUGGUCUACAUCAUUGACUUUGGGCUGGCCAAGAAGUACCGGGAUGCCAGGACCCACCAGCACAUCCCCUACCGCGAGAACAAAAACCUCACUGGGACGGCGCGGUAUGCCUCCAUCAACACGCAUCUUGGAAUCGAACAAUCUCGAAGGGAUGAUCUGGAGUCACUGGGCUAUGUGCUCAUGUACUUCAAUCUGGGCUCUCUGCCCUGGCAGGGGCUGAAGGCAGCCACCAAGAGGCAGAAGUACGAACGGAUCAGUGAGAAGAAGAUGUCCACCCCCAUCGAAGUGCUGUGUAAAAGCUACCCCUCUGAGUUCGCCACGUACCUGAAUUUCUGCCGCUCCUUGCGUUUUGACGACAAGCCUGACUACUCCUACCUGAGGCAGCUCUUCAGGAAUCUCUUCCACCGCCAGGGUUUCUCCUAUGACUACGUGUUCGACUGGAACAUGCUCAAAUUUGGAGCCAGCCGGGCAGCUGAUGACGCUGAGCGGGAGCGCCGCGAUCGAGAGGAGCGGCUGAGGCACCCUCGGAACCCAGCCGCCCGCGGCCUCCCCUCCACGGCCUCUGGCCGCCUGCGGGGCACCCAGGAGGUGGCUCCUCCCACCCCCCUCACCCCUACCUCACACACUGCUAACACCUCUCCUCGGCCCGUGUCUGGCAUGGAAAGAGAGCGGAAAGUGAGUAUGCGGCUGCACCGCGGCGCCCCCGUCAACGUCUCCUCCUCCGAUCUCACGGGCCGACAAGAUACCUCCCGCAUGUCGACCUCACAGGACACAGGAAGGGCUAUGGGCUUCUUCCCCCAAGCCCUGGAAUCCAUGAAUCGGCAGCAGGAAAUAGAUCGUAGGCAGCAUCUGCCCACGCGUGGCCAGGAGCCCAGGCAUACCGUCUGCUCCAGGGCCCCAGAUACCCCAGGCAGGGACAAUCGGGAGUCUGUGGACCCCAGGGGCUCUGGACUCAGGAUCUACAUUCUCGACCUCAGCCAGCAAAGAAUAGCAUUCCUUUCGAACACCACGGCAAGUAGCUGCACGUCUCCCGCUGGAAGGCAGCACCGAUUCCCGGUCGGGUGGCUUCCAGUGGUCUUCAGUCUGUGGUGCACCGGUGAGAACUCCUUUCCGCUGUGAAGGGCAGACAAUGCAUGGCUGGUCUACUCUGUUACAAUGGCUUUACUAGUGACGCGCCCCCCGGUCUAGAACCGAAACGUUAACACCGGGAGCUCUCCAGGCCGCCCACCCAGCGACGCCCGUGGGGGAAACAAAACACAAACUAACCCGGACAGACCGCAAAGCUCUGCCGUCGCAGGGGCUGCACCGAGGGCCUCCCACGCGGCCCGCUCGUCUCGGGCUGGGAAGAAAAGCAGAGCGUGAGAGACAGUUGCAGAGAGCACCAGACUCCCGCUCAAGAGCCCUUCAGUCCCCCUGCGGUGGCGGCGCCCUGCUCCCUGACGAGCCCACUGUAACCACCGAUCUUCUACUCGGUUAAGACAGUUUUGUAUCAUUUUGCUAAAAAUUACUGGCUUAAAUCUGUGUAAAGAAACCUGUCUUUUUAUUGUUCCUUUCUCGUCUGUUUCUGCGGUCCUGAGACAGAUGUUGCCUCUAAAGAGCCCCCGGAGCAGAGGCUGGCGUGGAGCUUCCGCGGAGGCAGAGCGCGUCAGGGAGCAGAGCGCGGGCGCCGUCCUCUGCUUUGUGGUCCGUGUGUCGUGGGGUCCGCUGUGGAGAGGGGUUUUCUCGUCAGAAGUGCCGUCCCGUGUAGACGUGUGUGUAAGUGCCCCGUGCGUGUCCGUGUGUGUGCCGUGUGCUGUGCGUCUUGUGGCCUCGUUACGCCGGUGCUGGCUGUCACUGUCCCUUCCCCACCUGAAGCGGAAGGCCCGUGUGACGAGGUCCUCGGAGCGGUUAGGGAGCCAGGCUGCGCCUCACCCCCCUGGACGCGGCCAGAAGGAAGCCGAGCACCGAAGAUCUCAGAGGCCAAGGCUUUGCGUGGCGCGUGGCUGGUGCCUCAGGAGAGGAUUUCGAGCGAGAGACGUCGGACCCUCCGUUGGGGUCACGUGUGGUCGUUUCGGUGGUGGUGUUGCCUCCGUGUCUUUGAAUUUGGGAAACGUUCUGAACGGACUGUAACUGAUCGGUGGAGAUUGGCCCUCCACGUGUGUUAACAUCUGUGUGCCCAGAACCAAGGGUGUGGCGGUGUGCCUGGCACCGGGUUUGCCCACAGAGGCCUCGGCCCAAGGGAAUCCACCCUCAAGUGCCAAGAAGCCGGUGACUCGACCUGUGUCCAGGAGGGUGUGGUGUCACUCCCUUCCUUCCGGGACUUUCGUUGGGACCUAGCAAACCCCACGGGGGUCAAGAAGCAGGGCGGGGCUGAGUCUCGCCAGAAGGAACCCCUCGGGGCCCCCGGGCUCCUGGUGGUUUGCCAGGACGCUCCCUCAUCUUGUCGCAGGCAGAGGCGCCAGGUGGCAGCCCGGAGCCCCCGUCGCGGGAAACAAGGUGCAAUAUAGGUGUUUGUGGGAACUUCCGCCUCUCCUCCUGCCGCCCCCUGCACAGUGCUCUGUGUGGAAACCAGGGCGCUGGCAGCAAGUGGACCGGAGAAGUGUCCGUCUCUGUUUUCCCUUCCUGCCCCCUCAGCCACUAGCGCCGGAGUGCGGCCAUUUGCUUCUUUGUGAACCCUGAACUGGCUGUUCUGUUUGGGGGCGCGGGGCCUGGGCCAAGCGGGGCGGUGGGAGUGCGGUGCGAGCUCGGGCGGGUCAGGGUGGGCUGGGGACCCUCUCCAGAGGUGCGCCUGCCCCUGGCGGGGCGUGAGCAGCACAGCCCCCCCGGGUGCUGCCCGACGCCGGUAGGGACAGCCUUCCCACGCUCUGCAUCUGGGCUUCCACCUGAAAUUGCCGGACGAUCCGAAAGGCGGGCCCAGCUCCCCGGGCCCGUGGCUGUGCGGCUGUCCGUCCGUCCGUCCGUCCGUGCACACUUGCUGUCCUCCCGGUGUUUAAUUCCCCGUCACGACUGCAGGACGCGUAGUUGCAACGUCUGUAUCAACCUGUGUAUCGGUGGCCGGUCUCUGACUUGGCACGUUUGUGUGAUCACUGCAUCUAUGUACUACCACCGUGUAAAUAAUAAAUCCGUGAUGACUUCUACCUUUCCCCCUC